UGCAACGACCCUAAAUCCCAGUACGUGUCCCAGGACCCUGAAAGAAACUUCUUGCCGGGGCCAUUUGCAGUAUAGCGACGUUAUAAAACCGCCCUACUUUUCUCUAGUCCAUAGGCGAUUCCACCUUGCUGAUCGCCUCCGCGUCGCAAAUCUCAAAAAAAUCGUCGCAUGGCUCGAUCGCGCGCACCCAAGGCCGCCGCCAUCGCGGGCGCGAUCGCCCGAAUUCUUGGCUUGGGCGCUUCCGUGGUAUUACUGGCCAAUCUGAUUUACGAAAGCGUCAAUUGGGGAAAGACGUUGGGAUUUUCGGUAGCGGUGGCUGUGAUUGCGCUGGUGGUGGAUGGAUCUGAGUUGAUGGGAAUACUUGACUCGACACGUACAAUACCUCGCGUGCCUCCAUCAUGUGUAAUAUUUGGAGACUUGCUGGUGUUAUGCCUAGCGAUCCCUUCGAUUUUUGUUAUUCUACGAAGUAAUCGCGACGAGGACCCGGUGGAGGAACCAUAUCCUUGGGACAAUACGGAUGCUCUAUCCGUUGCAGUUACAUAUGCGUUAUGUGCUCUAAGAUUUCUCCUUCUGAUAUGGAGUUGCGCGGUCUGCUGUAUUGUUAUAAGACAACCGAGACGACCCGAUAGCAGAUCUACACCAGCAGAUUCAACGAGCGAGUUGCGGGAUGUGCCGCCUGUUGGAUAACGCAGUAUUAUAUUAAUACAUGAAUAGAGUUUGAAGAUUCGAUCUGCAACAGAGCGUGCCCUUAAUUACGUGGUAAGUUUGUGACUAUGUAUACAA